AUGAAUGAAAAUAACAAGGUAAGUGACGUCAGCAAUGCUGACGUCGUUUUUAAUGACAAUAUUUCUGUUCGUCCUUUGUCAUCAGAAGUGGGAUGCCCUCCCACUUCUGCCGGACAUUCUGAUAAUACUGGUUAUGCUGCGGAGCACGUAAGUACUGAGCCUAACACCACUAACAUUACGACGGAAUUUUUUGUGCAAAUGAUGCAGACCAUGCAGCAGAUGUCGGAAAAAUUGAUGUCGCAACAAUAUAAUAAGGUAAAAAUCAACGAUAUAUUUUUACCCUCCUAUGAUCCUGACGGCUCCGUGGGUAUACGAGAAUGGUGUCAACAUAUAUCAAAAGCAAUUGACAAAUAUAAGCUUGAUGAUUAUGACAUCCGAAUGAAGGUAGGUAGUUUAUUAAAGGGUAGAGCUAAGUUAUGGGUAGAUAAUUGGCUUAUUUCAACGAAUUCUUGGGAUGAAUUACGUGAAAACCUGAUUUCAACAUUUGAGCCUGAAAACAGGUAUUCGCGAGACAUAGUAAAAUUUCGUGAACAUUCUUACGAUCAUAAUAAGGAUAUAUCUGAAUUUCUAUCACAAGCCUGGGUUUUAUGGAGACGUAUAACGAAAGAUAAACUAGGUAAUGAUGACGCGGUUGAGGCGGUGAUAGGAUGUAUUAAAGAUGAACAUUUGAGAAUUGAAUUAUUGAACGUACGCGCUGAAUCUGUCCCGGAGCUUAUCUCAGUGGCAUCAUCGAUUCGAUCUUCGAAGAAACGUCCCCCUACUGAACCAGGUACUCAAAAUUACGCUGCGCUGAAACGUACAGUACAUCUAUUUGGAACACCUAACCAAGUAAUAGUUGAUGGUGGUCGCGAGUUCUUGGGAGAUUUUAAAGUGUAUUGUGACAAUGUCGGCAUUAAUAUUCACACGAUAUCGCCAGGAACUAGCCGAGCGAAUGGCCAGGUGGAACGAAUGGUUGGUACACUUAAAAAUGGUCUUAUUAUGAUAAACAACUAUGAAACUGAAGAAUGGCCAGUAGUAUUAGAUAGCUUACAAUUAGCAUUCAAUUGCACACCGCAAACAGAAAAGGAGAAAAUAAGGUUUAAUAAAAAUAAAGCUAAAAUACGUCCCUUCCAAAAAGGCGAUUAUGUUUUAAUAAAAAAUAAUCCUCGUAAUCAAACUUGUUUAGACUUGAAAUAUAGUGAACCGUAUGAAGUAUGCAGAAUCCUAGAUAACGACCGCUACAUGGUAAAAAAGGUAAUAGGCAAAGGUCGACCGCGCAAGGUUGCUCACGAUCAAAUGCGCCUAGCACCACAACCUGGACAACAGGCGGCCGUAUCGGCGGGGACGGAAGUAGUCACUAGUCAAUCAUCAAGAGACAAUAGCCUGUUGGACCCGCAACCUUCGACGUCUUCUCAGAUAGAUGCC